AUGGAGCCCAUUGCCAUCGUUGGCAGCGCCUGUCGCUUCCCUGGAGAUGCAAACUCACCAUCUAAGCUAUGGGAGCUUUUAAAGUCUCCCCGCGAUCUAUCAAAAGAGGUCAAACGCUAUAAUACCCAAGGCUUCUAUCACACAAACGGUCACCAUCAUGGGGCGAGCAAUGUCACCUCGGCCUACACGCUGGAGAGCGAUCCCAUGCAGUUUGACCCCCAGUUCUUCAACAUCCAGCCCGGCGAGGCCGAGUCCAUGGAUCCGCAGCAUCGAUUACUGCUGGAAACCACCUACGAGGGUCUCGAAACGGCCGGCAUCCCGAUCGAGACUCUGCGCGGCUCCGACACCAGCGCCUUCGUCGGCGUCAUGAGCGCCGACUACACCACCAUGGUCUUCUUCGACAGCGAGUGCACGCCCACCUACUCGGCCACCGGCACCUCGCGCGCCAUCCUCUCCAACCGGCUCUCUCACGCCUUUGACUGGCGCGGCGCCUCCAUGACCGUCGACACGGCCUGCUCCUCCAGCCUCGUCGCCGUCCACCUCGCCGUGCGGGAGCUGCGCGCCGGCGCCUCCCGCGUCGCCGUCGCCGGCGGCACCAACCUCAUCCUCUCCGCCGACCCCUUCAUCUCCGAGACCAACCUGGACAUGCUCUCGCCGCAGGGCCGGUGUCACAUGUGGGACGCCCGCGCCGACGGGUACGCGCGCGGCGAGGGCAUUGCCGUCGUCGUGCUUAAGACGCUGCGGGAUGCGCUGGCGGAUGGCGACCAUAUCGAGUGCGUGAUCCGCGAGACGGGCAUAAAUCAGGACGGCCACACGCCGGGAAUCACGAUGCCGAACCCGGAUGCACAGACGAAGCUGAUCCGGGACGUGUACGCCCGCGCCGGGCUGGACCUCAGCAAGCCGGAGGACCGGUGCCAGUACUUCGAGGCGCACGGCACGGGCACAAAGGCCGGCGAUGCGGUGGAAUCACGGGCCAUCCACGCCGCCUUCUUCCCUGCCGCAGAAGGACAAGACGUAUCACACCAGCCGCUCUAUGUCGGCUCAGUCAAGACGAUAAUUGGACAUACCGAGGGCACGGCGGGCGUGGCGGGCGUGCUGCGCGCGUCGCUGGCCCUCCAGAACGGCACGAUCCCCCCGAAUCUACACUUUCAGACGCUGAACCCGGAGCUCAAGCCGUACUACGGCAACCUGCAGAUAGCCACCGAGGCCACGCCCUGGCCGGAGCUGCACGGCAGCGUGCGCCGAGCCAGCGUCAACAGCUUCGGCUUCGGCGGAGCGAACUGCCACGUCAUCCUAGAGGCCUUCUCACCAAGCGUUCAGGGUGAGACACUGCGCAUAGAAGCACAAGCCUCGAAUACCUUACCAGAGACGAGUACUUUGAGUGCUCCCUACAACGUCCUACCUCUCCUGCUGUCCGCGUCGUCGGAAAAGACCCUGAGGCGGCUACUGCAGCAGCACCUCGACCACAUCCGCCAGCAUCCCGACACCGACCUGGCCAGCCUGGCCUGGACGCUGUUGAAGAAGCGAAGCGCUCUCAAUUUCAGACUGGCCGUCCCCGCCCCUACCACCGAGGCCCUGGCCGCCACGCUCGAGGGCAUGCUCAGCCAGCCCAAGAACGCCAUCCUCCGCGCGACCGCGCAGCCCCGGCGCCUCGUCGGCGUCUUCACCGGUCAGGGCGCUCAGUGGGCCACCAUGGGACGACAGCUCCUCCGGCGGUCCGCGCAGGCCGCGGCCACCGUCGACCGGCUCGACGCCGCGCUCGCCGCGCUGCCCGCCGCGUACCGUCCGACGUGGUCGCUCAAGGCGCAGCUGCUCGCCGAGAAGAAGGCCGCGCGGAUCGAGGAGAGCGCCGUCUCGCAGCCGCUCUGCACCGUCGUCCAGGUCCUCCUCGUCGACCUGCUGCGCGCCGCGGGCGUGGAGCUCGACGCCGUGGUCGGGCACUCGAGUGGUGAGAUCGGGGCGGCCUACGCGGCGGGCUUCAUCGGCGCCGAGGACGCGGUCAAGAUUGCGUACACGCGUGGGUUCUGCGCGCACCUGGCGCGGAGUCGGCAGGGCGGCGAGGGCGGGAUGAUCGCGGCGGGGAUGACGCACGAGGAUGCGCGGGAUCUCUGCGGCAACGACGCGGUGAGAGGCCGCAUCUCCGUGGCGGCGUACAACGCCCCGACGAGCGUCACGCUGUCUGGAGAUAGAGACGUGGUCGACCAGGUCUCGCUCGUGCUGGAUGACGAGAACAAGUUCAACCGCGUUCUGAGAGUUCAGACCGCGUACCACUCGCACCAUAUGGAAGCCUGCGUCGGGCUGUACCGCGAGGCGCUGGCCGCGUGCGACAUCAGCGUCCUCACCCCGACCAGGCACUGCCCGUGGUUCUCGUCCGUCCACGGCGGAGAUGACAUGUCUGGCUCGGAGAGCCUAGAGUGCGAGUAUUGGAUCCAGAACAUGGUCCAGCCGGUCCUCUUCUCCGAGGCUGUCACAGCGGCCGCCUCGUGGACGGGACAGCAGGAUGCGCUCGCCACGCUGGCCGAGAUCGGUCCGCACCCGGCUCUCAAGGGGCCGGUCCUGGAGACGUUGAAGGGCCUGGGAGUAACCAAGGUGGCAUACUGCGGCACUCUGGGCCGCGGCGUGGAUGACGUGGACUCGAUGGCCUCGUUCCUCGGCUGGCUGUGGUCCGUCUCCGCGCAGUCCGGGCUGAAGCUGGACGCAUACGCCGCCCAGUUCUCCCAAGAAAAUAUGAUCCCUCUCCGAAACCUCCCUUCAUACCCCUGGGACCACGACCACUCGUACGAGUUUGAAUCGCGCGAGUCCCGCGCCCAUCGCUUCAGGGAAGCGCCUCCACACCCGCUCCUCGGCGUCCGCACCAACACGUCCGGCGAGAACGAGUACCGCUGGAAGAACUUCCUGUCCACCGAGGAGCUCCCCUGGCUCUCGGGACACCAGAUCCAGGGCCAGACGCUGGUCCCCGCGGCCAUGUUCAUGAUAAUGGCGGCCGAGGCGGCCACCAUCGCUGCCGGGUCGCUGGGCCUCGAGGUGCGCCUCGUCGAGCUGUUCGACUCGGCCAUCCACAGGGCGCUGGCCCUGGACGACGAGAGAUCCACGGAGACGCUCUUCUACCUCUCCGAGGUGAAGGUCGUAUCCUCACCCAACGAGGGAUCCAUCCUCUCCGCGCGCUACCACUGCGACGCCGCCACGGCCACCUCGACAAGUCGCAUGACCAGCAUCGCCAGCGGCACGGUCAAGCUCGUCCUCGGCGGCCGGGCACCUCACAACCUCCCCUCUACGCCCCACGGCUCCGGCCAGCUGGACGACAUCGACGUCGACAGCUUCUACGACAACCUGCGCUCCAUCGGGUACGGCUACACCUCCGCCUUCCGCGGCAUCGCCUCCCUCGCGCGCACCACCGACCACGCCACCGGCGUCAUCUCCGCGCCCACCGGCAUCGACCCGACCACCUCCCCCAGCCGCGUGCCGCUGCACCCCGCCGUGCUCGACGUCUCCUUCCAGGCCGUCUUCGCCGCCCUCAGCUACCCCGGCGACGGCCGUCUGCAGACGCUGCACGUGCCGACCACCAUCAAGCGUCUGGCGAUAAGCCCCGCGGCGCUGGCGAGACAUCCCACGCCGGCGGGCGGGUUCGCGUUCAGCGCGGUGUCGUACGUGAUCGACAGGAGGACGAUCUGCGGCGACAUCGAGGUCGGCACGGCGGGCACCGGGGAGACGGUGUUCCGCGUGGAGGGCAUGACGGUGGCGCCCGUGAGCCCGGUGAGCAAGGAGGACGACAAGCAGAUGUUUGCCGACAUGGUGCUCUGCGUGGCGGGCCCGAACUCGGCGCUGCUGAAAGCGGAGGAAGUGCUUCCGGAGGGCUCGGGAGACUUGUUUUCGGUUAAUGGCGCGACCAACGGCAAUGGUUUGCCAAACGGUCAUUUGGUGGAUCAUGUCGCAAAGGUCUCUUUGAUGAAUGGUCAUGGACCGGUCAAUGGAGAUGUGGUGACCAAUGGUCAUGGAUCGAUCAAUGGCCAUGCCUCUACCAACGGCCAUGCCUCUACCAACGGCCAUGCCUCUACCAAUGGAGAUGUCGUGACUAAUGGAUAUGCCUCUACUAAUGGAGACAAUCUGACCAAGGAAGACUCAUUGACAAAUGGUCGUGGCCUUACCAAUGGCCUUGUCAAUGGAAACACGUUGACUAAUGGUCAUGCCAUUCCUAAUGGCGACAAAUUAACCAACGGCCAUGCCCUUCCUAAUGGUGACAAAUUAACCAACGGCCAUGCCCUUACCGAUGGAGACAAAUUGACCAAUGGUCAUCUGUCCACCAACGGCGAUCCCCUGCCCAACGGUCAUACUUUGACCAGCAGCCAUGCUCUUGCCAAUGGGCAUUCCCUGCUUAACGGCGAUGUCGUAAAGGAACAGCCGUUGACGAAUGGCACCGUCUUGACCAACGGACAUGUCGCAGCCAGCAGCUUCGCAGCUGAAGAAGCGUGCAGCCAUCAACUCCUAGCCGGGUUGCUCAAGCAAAUCACCGAUCGCUAUCCCAAGGCCCGGGUGCUGGAAAGAACCGAUGGCCACGCGACCGAGAUCAUCGACGCUUACACAGCGCUCGGCGGCAAGCUUUCGUCAUACGCGCUGGACGGUGUGACCGAGGAGGCCUUUGCGUCCAUGGCCGACUCGCGCGAUGACGGCUCCAGCCUCAAGAGAGUCUCGUUGCCGCUUGACAGCCCUUCGUUCCUAGAAAGCCACGCGGGCGGCGAAUAUGACGUGGUGAUUCUGCGCUACGGCAACUCAGCAGACACGGAGAGCCUGCGGCGGAUCCGGCACCUCGUUCGACCCGGUGGUUACCUACUCCUGACUCACCAAGUCAAUGCUUCGGACGGCGGGGAGCUGCGGCCGUGGAAUGACAAGUUCCUGGACACUGGCUUCGCAGGCAUCGAGACGCAGAGCUCCUCCAAGACUGGCCUGUUCUCCAUCAUGGCGACCAUGGCGACCGAUGAGAUUGUCGAUGCCCUCCGCCAGCCCCUAUCGUCCGUGGGCGUCAAGAUUCCCCAUCUCCUCAUCAUCGGCGGCGAGACGACCGCCACGACGGAGCGCAUCGACAACAUCCGGGCUCUGCUGUCACCCUUCUGCGACGCCAUCUCGACCGUGCAGAGCCUCGUCCACCUGACCGAGACCACCCUCGCAGAGAAGCCCUUCGUGCUGAGCCUGACGGAGCUCGACCGUGACUUCUGGGCGCAUCUGACCGAGGCCUCCUUCACCAAGCUGCAGGAGCUGACCACGCGCUCGGAGCGGCUCGUUUGGGUCGUCUCCGGCACCCAGGGACGCAACCCCUACGCGAACAUGAUCAAGGGGACCCUGCGGUGCCUGAUCGAGGAGUGCUCCCAUCUCGUCAGCCAGAUCCUGGACGUCGAGGACGAGGUCUCGGGCGCGGUGCAGUUUAUAUCCGAAGCCGUGCUGAGGCUGCACCGGCAUCACUCGGUGAAGAACCCGGGUCAGAUCCUGUGGUCGCACGAGCCGGAGCUUCUGCUGCGCGGCGGGCAGCCGUUCGUGUCGCGCUACAUGCCCAACAAGGAGCUGGACUUGGGGUACAACUCGCUCCAGCGCCAUGUGCAGGCCGACAUCCUUCCGACGGCCGGGGUCUUGCAGCUAUCGGCCGCCGAGUCGUCGCUUUCUCUCGAGAGGCUGCGCGUCACAGCCUCACCUUCAUCACAACUCCCCAAAGGUGAUGUCGUGACCGAGAUCGAUGUUCACUAUUCUCUCUCGGUUUGCGUCAACAUUCCUUCGCUGGGAUACUUGUAUCCAGUGACGGGCAGAGACGUCCAGACUGGCCAGGCUGUCGCUGCGUUGGCCACGGAGAACAGGUCCCGGGUCUCCGUUCCCAAGACGUCGCUGGUGCCGCUCGCCAGCAUGUCCGAAGAUGAAGAGAUGUCGCUUCCGCAAGCCCUUGAGGCCUUCUUCCAGGCCUCAUCCAUCAUGCAGCGGUCUCCCCCGCAGACUAGCGUGGUCGUCCAUGAAGCAUCCGAGGCGUUGUCGCAGCUGCUGCUCGACGCAGGCAAGGAGACUGGAGUUGACUUCAUCUUCACAACCAUGGACGCCUCGCGCAGCAAGAAGCAAGGAUGGAACUUGAUUGCCCGCCACGGCUCAGCUCGCCAGCUCAGCGAACUGGUGCGGCCAGACACGUUCUUGUGCGUGGACUGCACCAAGGCUGGAGACGGAGACAGCCUGGCUGACCUGGGACUUGCAGUUCCAUCUGGUAUUGCAAUGCUGGCCUCUGCUGAUCUUGUCCGCACUCAAAGCUACAAGUAUCGCAACGUGAACGCUGACUCUAUCCACCGAGUUCUGAAGACGGCCGUGUCCAAGAUUACCUCCUUACCGACAGUGAGCAAGGCCGCCUCGUCAGAGAAGGUCAUUUCUAUUCAGCAGCUCCCCCGGGCCUUUGCCUUUGGCGUCCCUUCCAAGACCGUCUCCUGGGUCGACAAGCAUCCUGUCCGCGCCACCGUCCUGCCCGCGCUGGAGGAAUGCCGCUUCAGCCCCGACAAGACGUACUUUCUCGUGGGCAUGGCCGGUAGUCUCGGCCUCUCUACCGUGUCUUAUAUGAUAUCCCGCGGCGCGCGAUACUUUGCGCUGUCCAGCCGCAACCCGAAGGUGGACGGCUCCUGGAUCGCCACGCAAAAGGCCAAGCACGGCGCCACCGUCAACACAUUUGCGCUCGACAUCACGGACAAGGCCGCCCUGGCCAAGACCAUCGCCAUCAUCAAGGAAACCAUGCCCCCCAUCGGCGGCGUGGCCAACGGCGCGCUGGUCAUCGAGGACAGCCUCUUCACCGACCUCACCUUCAAUCAGAUGACCCGCGUCCUCGGCCCCAAGGUCGACGGCAGCAUUUACCUCGACGAGGCCUUCAGCCAGGACACCCUCGACUUCUUCAUCCUCUACUCCUCCCUCGUCAGCGUCGCCGGCAACACGGGCCAGCUCGCCUACGCCGUCGCCAACAGCUUCAUGGUCUCCCUCGCCCACCAGAGGCGCCAGCGCGCCCUCGCCGCCUCCGUCAUCAACCUGACCGGCGUCAGCGGCGUCGGCUUCAUCACCCGCACCGGCCACAACAUCCUUGCCCGCAGCAAGGCCCUCGGCUACGAGAUCGUCUCCGAGGCCGACUACCGCUACCUCUUCGCCGAGGCCGUCCUCGCCAGCCCCGCCACCGCGCCGCACGGCCCGGAAGUCUCCUCCAGCCUGCGCUACGUCGACGUCGCCCGCGACGAGGUCGUCCCCCCGUGGGCGCGCGACGCCAAGUUCGGCCACUACCUGCUCGACCGGCAGGCCCCCGCGGCCGAGUCCGCCGCGGGGGAUGCGGAGAGCACCGGCAGGCUGGACGUGGCGGCGCUGCGGGGGAUGACGCCGGAGGAGGCGUACGAGGCGGUGCUGCGCGGGUUCCAGGGCGUGGUGCACAGGCUGCUGCGGCUGCCGGCGGGCCAGCCGGUGCCGCCGGAGGUGCCGGUGCUGGACCUCGGCGUCGACUCGCUGGUGGCGGUCAAGAUGCGCCAGUGGUUCCUCAAGGAGCUGCAGGUGAGCAUGCCGGUGAUGAAGCUGAUUGGCGGCGCCACCAUCUCGCAGGUCGUGUGGUCGGUGGUGCAUCAGAUAUUGCCGCAGAGCAGUAAAUAG